AUGUUUCUUUUCUUACUGGAAGAUAAUCGAACAAUAGAAGGAAUUUUACAUUACCCACCAGUACAAUUUGAAGUCAGAAAUCUGUCUCUUUUCAUCCUUAUUCAUGGUGGCCCAUAUGAUGCAACUCUAAAUCAUUUACAAGGCAAUGCCUACUUUUGGGCUCCAAUAGCAGUCUUGAAUGGUUGGUUAGUUCUAGAACCCAACUAUCGAGGAUUCACCGGAUAUGGUGAUCAGUUCUUCAAUGAAGUUCGUCAUCAACCUAUAAGUCGACCUGGAAUCGAUAUUCUCUCGGCCAUCAACCGUUUGAUUAAAGAUAGCAUGGCCGAUGGGAAUAGACUUGGGAUUGGUAGCUAUAGUUAUGCCUGUAUUUUAACAAAUUGGUUAAUUACACAAACAACACGUUUCAAUGCUGCUGUAUCUGGUGUCGGUUCACCUGAACAUGUUUCUUUUUCGGGUACAAUGAAUUGGCCAAUACAUAUUAACUAUUUUAUAGGUGUUUUUCCAUGGGAAGUACCGCAUCUAUACCAAAAUUCAGCACCCAUGCAUUACUUAGAUAGAGUACAUACACCGACACAUCUCGUUACUGGUUCACGUGAUGCUCGAGUUCCGACUGCUCAAAGUUACAUGUUGUAA